GAAUUGUCAAGUUUACUGUCUUCCAGCUAAGACGCAAAGCUGUCAGGUGGGUUCUUUCCAAACAGCCUUUACCCAAGGGUUGUAAACGGCUGAAAAUGAAAGGGCUGGCCCAAUACAAAGUGGUGGUGUCAGAGGUAGACGGCUGUGUGAGGGUUGAAUCGCAGGCUCGACCAAAGACGGAGGUGUUCUUCUUUGACAAAGGCCCUGAAGCAACACUGGCUUUCGACAUAGAGUGUGGAGAUGUGGUCGUCUCCAUCUUUAACUCAGCUUCGCGUGUUACAUUUGACGCCUGCUAUCACAG